AUGCCGGUCGCAAGCACACGCCUUUGCAUUGAGUGGGUGGCCACUCACCCUGUGACAGUGCUCUCGGUCAAGCUGGCCAAGCCACGGCGAGAGCGCACGCGCAAACUUCGGCAGGCAGAGCACCCGAUGCAGCAGGAGGUGGGAAGCGGGACGGAGAACAAGAAGGUGAAGAAGGAGGUCAAGGAGGAGGCAAGCAAGAUCAAGGUGAAACAGGAGAUGCCACAGGGGGCAAAGCAAGAGGUCAAGGAAGAGAGCAAGACUGGAACGAUGAAGGAGGAGGUGAAGGAAGAAGUGAGGGGCGUCAAGGAGGGAGUGAAGGAGGAGGUGAAGGAGAAAGCGAUGCACGAGGUGAAGGUGGAGACAAGGGAGGGAGUGAAGGGCAAGUUGAAGCAGGAGGUGGGUGACGUGAAGCAAGUGAAGACGGAGGUGAAGCAAGAGUUGGUGGAGGUGAAGCAAGAAGUGAAGCAAAAAGUGAAGGCAGUGAAGCAUGAGGUCAAGCACGAGGACCUCGCAUGGCGAAGCCAGACGACCGGAGUGAAGAGGGAACUAGUGGAGGAAGGCCAGCAGACGUGGUCCGUCAAGCAGGAAGAAGCUGAAGAGGCUCAACCGGUUCGUCCCGGCAAGAGGUGCCGCAUCAGUCACGAGAGGCCGGACAUAUCGCCUCCAUCGUUUGAGUCGCGACUGUCAGAGUGGGCAGAGAAAUGCCUAGCAUUUCAAAGCUCUGGCAAGACGUGGCUGCCCACGAAGCCUUGCUGCCCGGCCAGCCCGUUCCUCGGGCUGGCUGCUGCCCCGUGGGAAGGAUGCAAGGAGAACGAGGCGAAAGCGUGCAUGCAACGCCUCAGCAAGGUGCAGCUCUGCGAGUUCCGGGACUUCUUCCACCAGAACCCGCACCAUGCCCUCUUCAAUGAUUGCGGCAAGGACCCUGGCGGCUCAGGGCCGCUGGAGAAAGCGCACGGUCCCAAACCUGAGUACUUGCAGGAUCCAGCCGCGAAGCAGCACCGCGCAGCCGAGAUGAUGAAGAUGUGGCCCUGGAUGCACGACCUUCCGACGCGGGCGUGGGCCGGCCACGGCUGGCUGGUCGAGGAGGACGGCAUGCGCAGGCUCUCGCCCACGGGCGGCGGCUCCGCCAUGAAGGGCCUCGAGAUUUUCGAGGCCUUCGGCACCGUGCCCGAGGAAAGCCGGGAAGCCGCCGGCGCCUCGGCUCCGAGCAGCUCCGGGGCCGCCGGUGCCGAUCUCAUCACGAGGAGCUUCCGCGGCCUGCAGCGCCAGAGCGGGGUGCCAAACAUCAGCUGGGAAAGAACAAAGGGGUCAUGGAAAGUUAAGUGGCUGGAGUCCAGCAAGGAGAAGAAGCUCAACUUCCCCAUCUCCAAGCGCAUGAAGGAGGGCCUCUCUGAGGAGGAGGCGGUGGCGGCCGCGCUGGCGGAGGCCAAGGCGCACCGCGAGGAGCUGGUGCGCCAGGGCAAGCUGAAGCCCCCGAAGCCGGUCACCGCCAAAGCCGCCGAGUCCGCUGUUCGGGGAAUUACGCUUAAGCCAAAUGGAACCUUCCAGGUGCGAAUCUCCAAUCCGCGCAGCAAGAAGAGAGAGGGAGGAGGCGUCUUCAAGACGCUGGCGGAUGCCGAGGCCAAGUCGCGGGAGCUGGCCGAGCCUUGGGGACUAAAUGAACCCUAA